AACACCAUUAAACCUCAGAGGAAGAAGAUUAGUUACACCGUGGUCCCUGUUGUUUUGUCGCGAUGCAUAUUUAGUACAAACUGUUAGAAAUGUUGUUUCUGUAAAUAGAGAAAUACAGUUUUUGAAUAAGGUCAGUAUAUACCUGUAAUAUUAUCCUUGUAGUCGAGACCUAAGUUUUAAAGCAAGCAGAUAUGUCUGGAGGAGCAUCAUCUGAACUGAGAUCUACUGCUGUGAAGAUGAUGUUUGUUAAAGAGGAGAGUGAAGAGAACACGAGUGAACCAGAAACUCUGAGAAUAAAACCAGAAACCCGGAGAAUAAAACACGAGGAACCAGAAACCCGGAGAAUAAAACAAGAGGAACAAGGAGAGCUGAUGGAAGAGAACGAGGAGAGUGAAGAACUGAGUGAAGUGGAGGAGAAACACCAUGACAAACCUGGAGAAAAACCUCUGAGCCGCUCUAAGACUAAAAAUAAAUUUUUAAAUAUAAGGAGAGUAAAGAAACCUUUCACCUGCAAUCAGUGUGGAAAGAGUUUCACAGCCAAACAAAGUCUUAAACUUCACAUAAGAAUCCACACCGGAGAAAGACCAUUCACAUGUGAUCAGUGUGGAAAGAGUUUCACAGCCAAACAAAGUCUUAAACUUCACAUGAGAAUCCACACCGGAGAAAGACCAUUCACAUGUGAUCACUGUGGAAAGAAUUUCAUGCAAAAAUGUAAUCGUAAUGUUCACAUGAGAAUCCACACCAGAGAGAAGCCGUACACAUGUGAUCAGUGUGGAAAAACAUUCCUUUGGGCCUCAAACAUGAGGGAACACCUGUCCGUUCAUACGAAGGAGAAACCCUAUUCAUGUUCUGUGUGUGGAAAGAAUUUUUCACUGCAGCAAAAUUUACAUAGACAUGAGAAAAUACAUAGUGGUGUGAGAGAUUACGUUUGCUUUGAGUGUGGGAAGUCUUUUUUGGUUUCAAACUGUUUAAAAAAGCACCUGAUUAUUCACACUGGAGAAAAACCUUACAAGUGUUCACACUGUGACAAGAGAUUCAAUCGGUCUUCAUACCUGAAAAUACAUGAGAGGAUCCACACUGGAGAGAAACCUUACAAGUGUUCACACUGCAACAAGAGAUUCAAUCGGUUAGGAACCCUGAAAAAACAUAAGAGGAUCCACACUGGAGAGAAACCGAACACAUCUGAUCAGUGCGAAACAAGCACUAUUAAAAGUCACAUGAAGAUCCACGCAGUGAAGAAACCAGAUCAGCACAGUCUUAAAUCACAAGUUGAAGAAAGUGAGAAGAAAGAAGAAUUAAGUGAAUCUGAGGGAAGAAAUCAUGUUAAAACUGGAAAAAAACCUUUGAGUUGCUCUCAAACCAAACGGAAAGAUUUAAAGAAAAGAAGAGCCAAGAAAUCUUUCACCUGCACUUUCACCUGUGGAAAGAUUUUGACAAGCAAAUAUAAUCUUGAUGCUCACAUGAGAGUUCACACUGGAGAGAAACUGCACACAUGUUCACACUGUGGCAAAAGAUUCAGUCGGUCAACACAUCUGAAAAGACAUGAGAUGAUUCACACUGGAGAGAAACCGUAUCACUGCACUGCAUGUGGGAAGUGUUUCAAUAAUUCAUCUAAUCUACACAGGCACACAAAAAACACUUGCAAGUUAUUAUUGCAGCAUGAAUAUUGUGAAGCUAUUUGAAUCUAGCCAAAUGUUUCUAUAUGCAAUAAUUUCAAGACAUUUGUGGCCCUGGAACACGCAUCAGUCAUUUAAAUUGAGAUUUUGUACAUCAUCUGAAAGCUGAAUAAAUUAAAUAAAACAAAGUGAUCGCGAUUGGUCGGGUAGGAUCUUAACCACCUUAAAGCCUACCCUUGAAUACCCCUAUAGUUUUGUAAUUGUAUGAGUAUGUAAAGCAAGUAACAGUAAGUAUAACAAAUGUAAUGUGUGAAUAGAGUAUUAGCAAUGUAAGUAAGAUAAGCGGCAACCACACUUGUGAUGCUAAUGGUCUAAAAGCUAAUAGUGGACAUGGAAAAUCAAAAUAAAACUAGUGAUAAGGGGCUCUGAUUGUUUUUGUUGUAGAAUACAAUAUGGGAUAUAUUCACGUGGUUUAGAAAAGGAAGUGAUGGUGUUUUUUUUAUUUUAUUUGUAAGAAUAAAAAUAGACAAAGAAUGAACUUGAUGUAGCUCAAACUCAAAACGCGCUGUAGCAAAAAACAGGAAGUGACGUCAAAACUAUGAAAAUAUUCAUGAAGACAAGAUGUUUAAGGUAAAUUGAUGUAUUGGAGAAAAUCUGAUUUGUCAGUACAUUGGAUCCAUGCAUUAGUUCUUAAAGUGACAGCAGUCUAAUAAACCUGCAGCUGUUUGGGUCAUUAAUGAUAAUCAAACAAAACUUCA